AUGAUUAAAAUGAAGUAUUGCGUCGACAUAGAUCGUUCUGUGUUACUAAGUAACUUCGAAAAACGAGGAUGGAUACAUGUAGGCCCUGAAGACGAAUGGAAUUUCUAUUGGACUAGUCUACAAACUUGUCGUUGUUUGUUUAAUGCAGACAAAAACUAUAGAUUGAAAGACUAUCAGAUAGUAAAUCAUUUCCCAAAUCACUAUGAACUCGGCAGAAAAGAUUUACUCAUAAGAAAUAUUAGACGUUAUCAUCGUGAAUUGCUAAAAAGUGGCACCACUAUUACAAAAUGCGAUAGUGGUUCAUUUUUGUACUUGGAUUUUAUUCCUACAACUUACGUACUACCCGUUGAUUAUCAUUUAUUCUUAGAAGAAUAUCGCAAACAUCCAAGUACUUGGAUUGUAAAACCAUGUGGAAAAUCACGAGGCACAGGGAUAUUUCUAAUAGACAAAUUGUCUCAGUUAAAGAAAUGGUCCAAGGAAAAAAAAUAUCCUAAGAAUUCAUCAAUUAAAAAAGAAACUUAUAUAAUAUCGAGAUACAUUGAAAACCCUUUGUUGAUAAGUGGAAAAAAGUUUGAUUUACGUCUUUACGUUUUGGUUACAACAUUUCAUCCAUUAAAAGCAUAUUUGUUUAAAUUUGGUUUUUGUCGUUUCUGUAGUGUAAAAUAUAACGCACACUUGAUGGACAUAAAUUGUUUAUUUGCUCAUUUGACGAACGUUUCAGUACAAAAAGAAGGCGACGAUUAUAAUAAUAUUCAUGGAGGUAAAUGGUCCACUGAAAAUCUAAAAUUGUAUUUGACCAGUACACGAGGUGAAAAACGUACUCUAAAACUAUUCGAUGAUAUAUCAUCGAUAAUUGUACACUCUUUGAAGGCUGUUUGUAGCGUCAUGUCUCACGAUACACAUUGUUUCGAAUGCUAUGGUUAUGAUAUUAUUGUGGACGAAUACCUCAAACCUUGGUUGAUUGAAGUGAACUCGUCACCAUCGCUCACGUGUACAACUUCCAGUGAUCACAUACUGAAAUCAAAACUUAUCGACAGCAUCGUUUCCGUUGUUUUACCACCAUCAGGAAUCCCAAACUGUCGAUGGAAUAAAAGUCCAUCACCAGAAUCACUAAUAAACUUUGACGUUUUGAUCGAGGAAAAGCUGUAAAUAGUAAAUUAAAAGUCUUUUGUGUAUUUAUAUUGUAU